UAAAAGAUGAUUGUCUAAAAUCCCACUUUAUUCUAACCCAAAACAUCAGUCCCUCUUUUCGAUCACUCAACACCAUGAAGAAUUUUUUAAUUAUGACUAUCGCUUUCUGCUUCAUAUCGAACAUUUCGAAUAGUCCGAUAAGCUCAACUUCAUUAGAAAAUUCAGAAAAGGCAGCCACAUCCUCCUCUGAAGGGGUUGAAGAGCGACCGAAAAAGUUGGCAAAAAUCAGCAGUAUUGCAGAUAAAGGCAAAGCAGCGUUGGAAAUAAGUUCAGAAUUUGCAUUGGGAUGCCCAGUCUUUCCAGCGCCAGCAAAAUUAGCCAUCGGUACCGCCAAAAGUGCUGUCGACGGAACAAAGGCAUUAUAUAGAACGAAGAGUUUGGACGAAGCACUUCGAGCUUCGAUUGGUCCAGUGAAAACGACCGUCUCAACUGGUACCGACUUUGCAUUAUUCAAUCCUGCUGUUCCUGCCUCUGUUAAAAUAGCCGCUGGAACUGGAAGAGCUCUCUUAGAUGGAACGCAAGCAUAUCGUAAAACAAAAAGUUUCAAAGAAACAGGCAAAGCGAUCGUUGGCUCAUCUAUAGACAGACACAGUGCAAACAAAGCUUUGUUGCCGGCAUACUAUGGAUAUACCAGAAGUGGAUAUAAUCUGAUGAACGACAUUUGCGAGGGAAAAGAUCUAAAAUCGUCAAUCAAACAGCGAGCUAUGGACGCCAGCUGGGCGUUUCCGAUUAAAAUGGAGUACAAAAUUGGUGCAGAUCUCACACGGUUUUUGUUUAAAAAGAUGAUGCCGGAUAUUCCAGAGAAUGAAAAGGAAUAUAUUGACAGAAACAGUGAAGAAGAUAAUAGCAAAAUGCCUGAACUAGAUGAAACAGAAUCUGACUCCAAAAAUGACGAUAAAAGCGAUUCAACACAUGACGAGGGCUCAAGUUUAAAAUUGUCAUCAAAAGAUUCAUCGUCCAAGAAAAAGAGUCGAGAAUAAAUACUUUCCAAAGAUUUUUUCAGAGCCUUUCUAAAUUCAUCUUACAAACGUCACGGCUUUGAAAAUGACAACCAUUUUUUUUUGUAUUGGAUUUGUUUGAAUAUAUUUGUUUGCAUUGAAUCUUUUCAGUUUUUUUUCCUCACUGGUUUGUAAAUCUGAUUCGAAUGAAUCCAAUUUUCUAAAAAUAAAAACAAACUGAUAUCAAAUUUCAAA